UAAAAUAAUGUAGGCAAAAACUCUUCGAAAUAAUAAUAAUAUUAAUAAUAAUAAUACAUUUCAUUUAUAGAGCACUUUUCAUUGCUAAAAGCAAUCUCAAAGUUAAAUACAAAUAACACAUUGGAACCCCACAACAGAACAAGAGAAGAAAAAAAAAAUAUAUAUAUAAAAUACUUUCCCAUGAAUUUUUCUCAUUAUGAAUCUGUCCUUGGUCUAAUUAUAUCUCCACAGCGCUGAGCCGGAGUUGCAGACAAAACAUGGCAGUCAACAGUCAGGGUGUUCCAGGGCUUACAGGCUUGUUGCCAUGACAACAGAGGAGCCCUUCUCUCCCUCUCUCUCUCUCUCUCUCUCUCUCUAACACACACGUCACUGGCUGUCUGUCUCUGUUGUACACACUCUCUCUCUCACACACACACACACAUACUGUAUUACAGUGCAAUCCGCCUUGCUUUGAGAUCCGUGCUCUGCUGCUGGGAGAAGAAAAAAUAUAGGAAAUACAGCACGGAGCACAGGGACACUCCACGUCUCCACAUCUGUUCUGGAUGCUCCAAAUGAGUGUACCUGCAGCAACGGCACAGAAAUCAGACGGCAACAACAGUGAAAUGCAAUCAGCUGCAGUGGCUCCCUCCUUCAUCCCCAGCCAGUCGGGGAAGAUACCGGGCAGGAAGAGAGGGAGACCCCCACUCCGAAAUGUCGCCAAGAUGGAUUUUCCUAACCGUUACCCGGAAUCGCUCCCUCCUCUUAAAGUGCCAAAGAAGAGGGGGAGAAAGCCGGGCUUCAAGCUCAAACCCAGGAUGGUGAUGACACCCUUGGCUAUUUCUCCACCCAGCAGCACCCCUGAGCCCGACAUGAGCUCCAUUCCUCAGGACGCUGCCACCAUCCCCCACUCUGCCACGCCCCAGGUGCUCACAGUCUGUAUCUACAUCAACAAGCAGGCCAACACGGGCCCCAACCUGGACAGGAAGAAGAUCCAGCAGCUCCCUGAUCACUUUGGACCCGACCGGCCCUCGGUGGUGCUGCAGCAGGCCGUCCAAGGCUGCAUCGACAGCGCCUUCCUGCAGAAAACGGUGUUCACUCUCCUCACACAAGGCUACGGGGGAGAAAAAAUAUCAGCCACGUUUGAUGGGAAGCAACACCUUCUGAGCCUCCCUGUGGUCAACAGUAUUGACUAUGUGCUUCGUUUUCUGAAGAAACUCUGUCGCAGCUUGCACUGUGAAAACCUCUUCAGCGAUCAGCCCAUCACCCAGCACAGUGGUGGCUCCUACCAGUCGGAUGCUGAAACAUCUAUGGCCGACGACUACCAUUUAGACCAGUCAGACGGCAAACGCUACUCGGUGGACCCUGGCGACUCUGCUUUCGGCUCCAUCAGCUCAUCCUACUCGCCAAAGUCCUCCUACGGGUUUCGCUCAUCACAGCAGUUCUCCAACGGCUCGGCCUCCAUGAGCAUGUGCAGGCAGUCGUCAACCAGCCCAAACACGUUCCCGGAGAGCAACAGGACAGGAGGUUAUAAUGCGUCUCCAGAGUCCCAGGAGUCCAAAGCUCCACCCAAUAAGGACCCAGCCACCUGGUCUGUGGAAGAUGUUGUCUGGUUCAUCAGGGACGCAGACCCACAGGCUCUCGGCCCCCAUGCGGACGUCUUUAGAAAACACGAGAUUGAUGGAAACGCUUUGCUGCUCCUGAAGAGCGACAUGAUCAUGAAGUACCUCGGACUGAAGCUGGGGCCCGCCUUGAAGCUUUGCUACCACAUCGACAAACUAAAGCAGACGAAGUUCUGAAAACCUUGCGCGAUGUAUCUCCUCCCUUCUUGAAUCCAAGUGUACAUUUGAGUAGCGUCGUGUCUAAGGACCCCAACUCUUAGGUCCCCGGGCAUGAGGUGAGUCACUUUCUUUAGUGUCCCGACAAGUAGGUGUCACUUCGUUUUCUGCCUCAAACAUAUAAAAACAAAAAGGCUACUACUAUUACUUUACUCCUUUUUGCUCAGAAUGAGGAAGGAGCAAUAGUGUAACUCCUCAAUUAAAGAAAUAUGCAACAAGUGAAGAAAGCCACACUGGACAGAGUUGGCAGGUGCUUGGAACUAAAUUUUGCAUUUUAACAAUAGGCUUCAACUUAAUGCUGAUAUUAACGGUCAGAAUGAUAGUGCAAGUGAAAUCUUCUCCAACAUCACCUGCAGUUUAUGUGAUGUCAAUAAGGCCGUAUUUUUUAACGAUUCUGCUACUUCUUUCACAGUCAACGCAUAAUAAGAUUGGAUGAAUUGUCUGUGGUUUUUCUUUUCUUAAACACUUCAUAAACCUGCAAUAAAAUAAUUUUUGGGACAUUUUGGGGGCAGCGGAGACAAGUUACGACCACAACACUGUCACGUCAUCACGUUUAAGUCUUAUGGGGAACUUGUUAAGAGUUGAAAUAGGUUAUGGAGAAACAUCAUCAUUCAGUUGGAAUGUGUCUGACCACCUUGACGAAUGUAAGUCCAAUAUUCACUCUUGUGAAUAUUGGCUCUCUUUUCAGUCUUUUUGGAAAUAUAUUGUUCUUAAGCUUCUGGCAGCUAAUCUCAACUGUCUGUCUGCUGUAUGGUGCUGAGCAGUUAGGUGAGCAGUUGUUUUUUUUAUAGCAUAUUUACUGCAAACAGAUGCCAACUGGAGCCAAAAAAACCCUGACACAACUCAAGCGGUGAUAGUGAAACAAAACAGUAAACAAUGAAUUGAAAUUGACUGUAAAGCUGUAAGGGAGCUGCGGAUUCAGGUGAUGACUCUCUGCAGGUUCAUCGCUUUGAGAAACAGCUUUCACGUUGUUACCUUAUCUUUUUAUACUUUGUUAUUGUAAAAAAAUAAAUAUAGAAGCCACUUAAAAACCACUAAAAAAAACCUCUGUGAAUGUUUUCAAAUCUGCUGAAAUAAAGCGUGAUGAAAGGGGGGAUGAAAAAAGAAGUGACACCCGUCGCUUCUGGGGACCUUAAAGGAAGUGGGAACCCGAUACCCUCUUCUCAAUAACUUCCUUACCUGGGAUCCACAGAGCUGAGUGCUGCAGUGGGAUCCUCCUGGUGCAGGAUUUUUUAAAUUAAAUUAAAUUAAAUUAUGAUUAUUAUUUUUUUGGAAAGAUUUCUGUUUAAAUAACUUAUGCUACAUUUGACAAGUUAAAACAUAAAUAUUAUGGAAGGCAUUUACCAUAAACCUGGUAACAUUUGUCUCACACACCUUCAUGAGCAGCAUACAUAUAUACAUAUACAUGUUUUCAUCAUCUGAUGAGAAAUGUAUAACAAACAAACAAUUUAUACCUUGAGACUACUUUCACUACAAAUCUCACUAUAGGAUCUUGUUUACUCCAGUUUAUCAAGCUGAACACAUAUCUAUAACUGUUUUGACAAUGGUGCAUUAAAAUACUACACGGCUUUUUGAUUGAGAGAUUUAGAAAAUCAUUUUGAUACUAUUUUUUCACAUUACUGCGCAACAACUAAAGACGUAUGUUCCCAUUGGGUUUGUUGUUCUUUCUAUCAUGAUUUUAAUAUUUACAAAAAAAGUAUGACCUAAAAACAAAACAUCGAAAGACAGUAGCUCUCUUGUUCGUACAUACAGAAAGGAAAAUGAGCGCAUUGUGAACACGGUAUACGUUUCAAUAUGCAAGAUUGUACCAUGCCAAUUAUCUGCAUAUAGGCUCUUCAUGUAUACUCAUUAGAAUUUGUUUUAAUUUCGUCUGUUUCUAUGUUUUUAUCCAGCAUCAGUGUUCAUACAGAAAGUGUCAAAAACACACGAAACACAUAAAUGUUACACUAAGAAAACCUAAAUGGCCAUGUACAUGGGUAUAUGAUAUAGUAUUGCUUUUUGUAUACCACUUUUGGUGUACGGUAUGCAUCCUUUUUAAUCAAUUAGCCUUUGUCAGUGAAUGCUGCUGUAAAGAAAUUACAUGUAAGCCAUGCCUAGUGAGAACAAGCCGAGGUGUUUUAUUUUGAAAAUCACUAUGGAUAAGAGUUUUAGAGAAGGCUGAGGGGAUCAGUGCUCUAUGCUGGUGCUAAAAGGUUAUCUAUGUAUUUAAAGUGUUUGCUUUAGUGUCUGUGAGAUGUAAAGGAAAUCAUAUGUGUAUACUGUACUGUAUGUGAGUAUUAAAUUAAGAAAUCAAGUAACCAGA